UCCUUGGUGUCAAUAUCACGUGACGUGGGCGGAGUAUUUACCGCGGCUUCAUUUCGGUAGACGUUUCGAACGCUCCAUGUGGUUGAGUCGGUGUCGAAAUGUUUAAGAUAGAGAAAGUCGUUGUUGGGGGUGAGAAGAGAUCCACCUCAGCGGAGAUCAAGUCUGAGCCCGCGGUCGUCCCUCUGCAGUCCUAUCAGCAUGAGAGUCUACAGUGUUUUCAGUGCUUCAUCACCUUCUGCAAUGCCAAAGCCAAGGAGAGACACAUGAGGAAGAGUCAUCGGGACCAGUACAAACAGCAGCUGCAGCAGACUAAUACAAUCUUCCUUUGCUACAAAUGUGACAAGUCCUUCUCCUCCUCUGACGACCUCACCCAGCACCAGGCCACCCACAACACAGAGGAGAAGCCCUUCCGCUGUGCUCACUGCAAGAAAAACUUCUUUACCUUCACUGAGCUGAACAAACACAGACGAUACGAGUGCAUAGAACGACGGUGUCCCUGCAGAGACUGUGGCGCCUUGUUCCCCAGUCCUUCAAGACUUCGCAGCCACCGUAUUGCAGUGCACCCCCAGCGCCCAGUAGUGGCAGAUGACGUCAACACUUACCAAUGCUGCAAAUGCAGUCAGGGUUUCCAGACAGAGGAAGAGCUCCUGCAGCACCAGGAGAAAUACGCUAGUAAUCUAAACUGUGAUGUUAAACCACCUGGCAAAAAACGUGGCCGUAAACCAAAGUACACAGCUCAAUUAGGGACGAUUGACACCAAGGUCAAACAAGAAGAGGGAGAAGGAUAUGAUGACUCAACAGCAGAGGGGUGCCCCUCCAAUGAGCUGCAAACAGAGCUCAAGAUUCCUUGUUCUGAAGCAGAUUGUGACCUCGUAUUUCCUUCUGUUACAGCCCUGAGGGCACACAAGAGGGAGAAGCAUGGGCCUCCCCCUUGUACUGGAAAAAAACAGCCUUAAACUUUGAGCAACCUUAAACUUUAUUUGAUCCACUGUUCUAACUUAUAGCCGACAGUUUUUCAAUUGAGCACCUAUGGGAGGGUGUCUGGAGCGCAUCUACAUGGACAGUAUGCUGUGAAUCAAUGAUGCAGCUGUGAAUCAAUGAUGCAGCAGCAGACUCUCUGAUAGGAGAUGACAGUUUCUCACGUCAUCGUAAUCUCUCCCCGCCAACUUUUUAUUCACUGAAAUUUCUUGCAAGGGGUACAUGCACACAGAGUGUAAUGACACCUACACUCAGCCUGAGCAGCUCAAAGAUCAUACAACCUGGACUCAUCACUCUGGAUACAACUGACCCACCAGAACACCCACAGUGAGCACUGUGGGAGAAGAGGUUGCAGAACAAAGAUAAUAUAUGAGGGAAAUACUUCAUCCUACAUCAUUCAGAUAAAUGAUUGUCAGAGUGUUUGCAUAAUUUUCUCUGUAGUGUAGGUAGAAGAUUUAUAUGUGAAUAUUUCAGGGCGAGAGUUUUUGCAGCAAGGUUAUGUAAUACUGUUGAAUUAUGGAGGUUGUUUCUGGAAUGCCUUUUUUCCACUUGCUUUCAAAAGACAUCUUAUACAUGUGAAUAAACCUCUGUACCACUCUGUAUAUGGCUAUGACUUAUGUCCACUAUGAACAAAUGUCACAUGGGCCUUUUUGCUGAUCCAGUUACCUCUAUUGUACUGGAAAGUUGUAUAGUCAUUGUAGAGUAACUAGAUGAUUCUCCCUCAAAUGUUUGGGAAUGUUUUGUAUUUAACUGUACUAUUUCAUUGUGGGGAAAACUUUUAAAGGUGACAAUCACAUGAAGAAUGUAAGGCCAAAACAUAAUAAAAUCCAUAUCCAAUUAAUA